AUGGCUACAGGCGGAGGAUCUGAUCUUCCAGCCCUCCCCGAUUUGCAAGGACCCCUCCCUAUCACAAGACCACGCGACUUGACGGAGCGCCUGGCAACCAAGAUACCUGAGACAGUAUUGUUGCUCACGAGGGUCAAUCGUUUUUUCCACGUUUUGGUGGGCGUGUGUCCCCAUGUUCUAUCCUCAUUAUAUGCAUCAGGAGAGACGAUCUGCAGUAAUGGUGUCGAGGACGUGCGGUUUUCACCAAAUUAUCUACAUGCUCAUUAUACAAGCUUGUCACUAUGCCGACAAUUAAACCCUACCCUCCAGAUGCCAAUCCCCACAGGCUGUGCUGCUCCAGCAGAGAGUGUUACCCGCUGUCUGGAGUUGACGUUCUUUUAA